AUGCGUGGUACUGGAGCGGAGGCAGCGAGGAGGUCGGUGCGCGUCGAAAGUGACGUGCCCGACGUGGAGCGCGCGCGUGUGGUAGACGACGAGGAAUCUGUGGACUCGCACACGCUCGUCGCAAAGGAGCUCGGCGUUUCGACGCAGUACGAGCGCCAGGUGCUCCUCGUGAACAAGACUAUCAACGAGGAGAUCGGCUUUGGCGCAUUCCAGAUCAAACUUACGUUCCUCGCCGGCUUCGGCUGGCUGGCGGACAACAUCUGGUUCGAGAUUCUGGCCAUGACGCUCCCCCAGGCCAAGCUGGAAUUCACGCCAAAGCACGUCGCGUUUGCAACCUUUUCUCUGUACGCCGGCCUCUUGGUCGGCUCGACCUUCUGGGGCCUGUGCUCCGACAUUAUUGGGCGGCGUCCGUCGUGGAACAUCUCGCUGUUCAUCUCUGCCGUGUUUGGUGUGGCCGUCGGCGCCGCGCCGCACUUUCCGGCGAUGUGUGUGCUGCUCGCGAUACUCGGCCUUGGCCUCGGCGGCAAUCUGCCGGUGGACGGUGCGAUGCUCAUCGAGUACAUCCCGGGCCCGUACCAGUGGGUGCUCACCUUCCUUUCGCUCUUUUGGUCGCUCGGCCAGCUGUUUGCCGCGGUGAUUGGAUGGGCGUUCAUCACAAACUACCACUGCACCUCGGCGGACACAUGCACCUGGAAGAACAACGCAGGCUGGCGCUACUCGUGGUUCCUGCUGGGCGGCGUCGUGCUGCUCAUGUGGGUGAUCCGCUUCUUUGUCUACCCCAUCCCCGAGUCGCCCAAGUACCUGCUCGCGACGGGCCGCGUCGAGGAGGCGUUUGAAGUGAUCGAGUUUAUCGCCAAGGAGAACAAGUGCAAGACCACACUCACCCUCGAGAAGCUGCGCCUCGCCGGCCUCGGCCACACGGUCGACCUCGAGACCGAACCGGAGACCAGUACCGAGGAGAAAGAUGAAAAAGACGCGACGACGCUCCAGGUGCGAGUCCCCAAGCCGAAGCGCAGCAUGCUCGCCGAGUCCUUUGCGUGGAGCGACGCGAUGCGCCCCAGCCGGGUCAUGGCGACCUACCGCGCGAUGCACCGCUCGCCGCUCAGCGCGCUCUUUGCAUCGCCCAAAAUGACGCUCAACACGCUGCUCAUCUGUGCGUGCUGGGGCGCGAUCGGUCUCGCAUACCCUCUGUACAACUCGUUCAUUGCCAUCUACCUCGGCCACGCCGGUGUCUCGGACGGUGCCAACUCGCUUUCCGACCAGUACCGCCAACUGGUCGAGAUCGCGGCGUGCGGUAUUCCCGGCAGCAUCUUUGCCGCGAUGAUGGUCGAAGUGCCCUAUGCCGGCCGCCGCUGGAGCAUGGCCUUUUUCACGGUGCUCACCGGUGUCUUUUUGUUCCUCUUUACCACCGCCAAGACUUCCAGCGCAGUGCUUGGCUGGAACUGCGCAGCAAGCCUUACCCAAAAUGCCAUGUACGCCAUCCUCUACGCAAUCACCUACGAGGUAUUCCCCGCCCCUCAACGGGGCACCGGCGACGGACUCUCGAUGAGCACCCAGCGCGUGUUUGGCGUGGUCGCGACGCUCAUUGCCGUGUAUAAGAGCGAGGAGUUCGUCGCACCAAUUUAUGUGUCCGCGUCCUUCUUCCUGCUCUCGGCACUCCUUAUGCUUUUCCUCCCCUACGAACCCCGCGGAAGGGACGCCCUCUAA